ACUUUGUCUGAGGUGCUUCUGUGUUAGAGCACAAAACGCCCCCGCAAAAAAAGAAAUAAAAGCUCACCCGAAAAAGUGAAGAUCGGUGCGUGAUCGCGUGGUUAGGAAUUUGUUUCAUUGUUGUUCUUUUUUCGGCAGUUCUUGAUUAUUAAAUUAACCAUGAAAUUGAUCAUCUGCAGCAGCGUACUUAUGAUGGCCGUAUGGACCCUGGCAGCACCUCAGGGCCCCAAAAGUGAUCCAAUCGCCAUCAUUAGUCAGGACACAAACAUAGAACCAGAUGGAUCGUAUCAGUAUAGCUAUGAAACUGCCAAUGGGAUUAAGGGUCAGGAAACAGGAACACUGAAGCGUGCUACAAAUCCCGAUACAAGUGACGUGAUCGUGGCUCAAGGAUCAGUUUCCUACACAUCCCCAGAAGGACAACUCAUCUCCUUGGUGUACUCAGCUGACGAUGAGAAUGGUUUUGUGCCUCAAGGUGAUCAUCUACCAACGAGCCCUCCAAUUCCACCGGCAAUUGAGAAGGCUCUCCAGUACAUCCAAUCCAAGUCACGGAAAGAAUCAUCUUGCGAGGUGGAUAUAAAAGCCACAGGCGCAGUUGGGACGGGCAUCAUUUUUGUUCUUUUUGCAUUCGUGGCUUGUGCUUUUGCCGCUGAAAUUAGGGAUAAGGAGGAGGUACCCAUUCUCAGGCAGGAGAAUGUUGUGGAACACGAUGGGAAAUAUCAUUAUGCCUUUGAACUUGGCGAUGGUACCAAAGCCGAGCAAGACGGGGAACUGAAGCAGAUUGAUCCUGAGAAUGCUGGUGAGAGCGUUAAGGGUUCCUACAGCUACACCGGAGACGAUGGUGUCGUCUACAGCGUGAGCUACGUUGCUGAUGAGAAUGGCUACGUUCCCGUUGGUGAUCACCUUCCUCAGCCACCACCAAUCCCAGAAGCCAUUCAGAAGGCUCUCGCCUACCUGGCUACCGCCCAACCUCCACUUGCGGACAAAGCUUAA